UGUAUCAGUCCAUCAGUUGGUCUCCGUGCUGCUCGGUCUCCUCCAUCAUGCUGGUUCAAGCUCUGCUGCAGACCUCGCUGGUUCUCUGGUUGGCUCAGCAAACUCUGCAAGGCGGAGUUAAACCUCAGAGUGUUUCCUGGGGGAGAGUGCUGCCUGCCAGAGGUGUUGGCAUUGGAGUAAAACCUGGAGCUACAGGUGCCCUCGGUGCACUGGGGAGCCGAUAUGGCAGCAAAGCAAUGAAGACUGGAAUUGGACGUUAUCCUGGGGCUCAGCUUGGUGUUGGAGGUUACAGAUCUCUUGGAUUAGGAGGCAGAGCAGGCCUGAAGCAGGGUGGAUAUGGAACCCAGGGAGCCUAUGGGGCCAGUCUGGGCACAGGAAUGGGUAUGGGUACUGGACUGACAAACGGACUGGGACUGGGCUUGGGCCAGGGAGGGAAACGUGUUUAUGGUGCUGGCCUUGGUACUCUGCCAGGAUAUGGGGCUUUAGCUGGCAUUGGCUAUCCUGGAGCUCGACCAGGAAUUGGACUUGGGUAUCCCACUGGGCAGAAGGCUAAGGAACAAAAACCCGGUGUGUCUGCAGCAGAUUUGGGUGGACCUCUGUUGGCCAGUCUGGGCCAAGCUGUUCAAGAUCUGAAGACAGAAAAGAGCAGAGCACUUGCUUCUUUGCACGGAAAAAGAGACACAACUCUUGGGCCUCAAAUGCCGUUUGGACGAGGCAGUAUUCUUGGUCCUUCUGCACCUGAAUUACAAGCAGGAGGCGAGGUCAAAAGCCUCGAUCCAAUAGUUAAGUCCUCAAGUCUCGGAUCUACAAUACCUUUUGAUAAACAGGGUAAAAAUCUUGGCCUGGCUGUUUCACAAGCCCAAGGAGGAGGAAGAUGUGAGCCUAAGGUCUUGAAAAGAAAGAGCAGCACAAGCCAUGGAGCCACACUGGCAGCUGGAGGAGUAAGACAGCAGCUGCCUCUUAGAACAGACAACAUCAGAAGCCUGGGUUCUGCUUCCUCUCAGGCACAGAGUGCUCGAGACUAUGAUUCAUUUAUCCAACAAAAUCAGCGAGUCCCAAACUGUGGAUCCACCAGUGAUUUGUCAGAUGUAUUGAAAAUCAAUCACCAUGAGCUUUUGGGAUCAGAAACACAGAGGAUUCAAAGUUUAGUGCCUCGGCCUCAUCUCGGUAAAGACAGCAAACAUCUUGGGCAUGCAACUCCACAAGCACAAGGACAGAAAAGCCAUCCACUGCCUCUUUCACAAACUCAAGAUCUUGUGCCGACUCUCUCCACAGGUUAUCUUGGUGGAGCAGGAAACUACCUGGGAGCGAGCCUGGGCACUGGUGGCUAUGGAGCAGGUUUGGGACAGGGAGCAUACCUGGGUGGUGCAGCUGGCAAACUCGGAGCUGCUGCUGCUCUCGGACAGGGUGGGUAUCCCCAAGGUGUCGCAGGGAAGUCAACAGGCUAUGGUGACGGUGCAACAGGAUACCUGGGUGCUGUAGCAGGCAAUGGCUACGGUGGAGACGCUGGUGCAAAAGCUUUGUCUGCAGGUUAUGGAAAUGGUUACAGCGAUGGUUACGGAGCUGGGCUUGGUUACCCUGCAGAGUUAGCUGAUGAUGGUGCUGAGAACAAAGCAGGGAAGAGAGAAGCCCUCAGCGCAGGAGGCUACGCUGGACAGGUCCAGGGAGCAUAUGCAGGAGGAGCCGCUCAGGUUCCUUAUGGUAACGCUCCAGUGAUUCCCACCGGACUGGAAGGUGAAGGGGGGUACCCGUACGCUGCUCAGCCGCUCAGCCUCAAUGCUGAAGGCGCCAAAACCUCUAGCAAAUAUGGAGCUGGUGCAUAUGGAGCUCCGCAAACAGGCUAUGGUGCACCUCUGGGAGCAACUCAAGAUGCCUUGGGAGAGCAGGCUGGCAAGUAUGGUGGAGUGAAUGGUGCCCUUGGAAACGGAUACAAAGGCUAAUUCAAAUGACGUGAACUUCUUCGAGUGGAUCGGUUUCAUAACGUGUUCACUUUAAUGUGUUUUGAAAGCUCUUUUUUGUGUGUUUCACUCCAUUUUGUCCUGUUGUGUUGUCUGUUUUGUCUUUUGUUUUAUUUUUUUUCUUAACCCUGUUGUCCUUUUCUGUAAGUGGACAUUUUUUUUUAACCAUGUCUGUUUGUCUCGUUGGUCCAAAACCUGCAGAGCCCCACCUGUUUUAUUCUGUCAGUGCUGAAGAAAUGGUGGUGAGCAGGAACAGAUGAUAAGUGUUUUAAAAAAUUAAUGUUGAAAUGAAUUAUUUGCUGUUU